AUGAAGUCCAUCUCCAUCCUCAUGGCCUUCGCCUCCACCGGUGCCUUCGCAUCAGCAAUCCAUUUCCCCAACCUCCAAGACCGCGCCAUCGAUCCCGCAACCAUGAACCCAACACUCCUCUCGGUCUUAUCAGUGCUUAAAACAGCUAUGCCCACGGGCCCCAACGCCCCCAUGCCAACAGGCGAUAUGGAGCCGAGUUGGUACCAGAAAUUACCCGGAGAUGUCAAGAGUCUGUUGCCGGAGCUGUAUCCCGCUGCUGCGGUUGCGACGUCAGAAGCGGGCGCGGGUGUUAUGAGUCAGGCGCAGAGUACGGACACGGUGGUGUCGGCGUCAACAAUCACCGAUGUAGUGUCGCCUUCGUCAUCUGAAAUGUCCUCAGAAAGCGCCUCAUCCACAGCGUCUUCUGCAACUCCAGCCAGCGCUUCAGCUACACCAUCGAACUCACCGUCUACUGGCAACAGAUUCGCGGUCAGGACGGAGACACUGGCCGCAAUCGCCAUGUUCAGUGUCGGAGCUGGAUUUUGCAUCUUCGCUUAG